AAAAAGACUUGCAGGAAGGAGAUCCCCAGGCUGCGAUCCGUUCCCCAGGCUGCGAAACCUGACAAGAAGCCCCUGAAGCCAGGCUCGCCCGGCAAUUUCCAGUCAAGAACACCCACACCAGGUGCCCAGCGUUUCUCUCCACACCCGCCAGCGAGCCCACGUGCGCCAGACAGCAAAGCCUGGCGCAGCUCCCUGCCCAGGGCUGCCUGCAGCGCGGCCAAGAGCGGCCGCAGCGUCCCCACGCAGACACCUGGGUCACCUCUGGGACCCUGUGACACCUGCGCCAGCGCCCAGGCCAGCCUCCAUGAAGUCAGCAAAGCCAUCAGCAGCAUCUGCCAGAGCCAGAACAUCCCCUCAGCUCUGGGCAGGUUUCAGGAGACGCUGGAGAGCGCAGGGAGAACGACCCUCUCUGCAAUGGACAUGAGCCACUGCGCCUCAGAGCAGAGCAAGGACCUCUCCCGCAUCAGCAAACACCUCCAGCUGCUGCUGCAGCAGGUCCAGCCUCUCAAGGCAGAGCUGGAAGAGCUGAAGAGAGAGAAGGAAAAGCUGCAGAAACAGGUCAAGGACCUUUCCCGGUUGCUGCGGGCGGAGAAGGAGACCCGAGCACGGCAGAGGAUGGAGGCUGAGCAGAGGCUGGAAGUAAAGAACAAAGAGCAUUUAGAGGCUGUAGCCAGGCUGGAGCGGGAC